CCUCUUUUUUUACAUCUCCCAGGCACCUCUGAGGAGGUGGCUCCUCCCCUCCAGCAGAACUUCAUGAUCCCCAAAAAGGAGAUAAACAUGGUUUCUGACAUGGCCAAGUGGAAGCGUUCUCAGGCUUAUGCAGAUUACAUGGGCUUCAUCCUCACUCUGAAUGAAGGUGUCAGGGGCAAGAAGCUGACCUGUGAAUACAAAGUUUCAGAGCCCAUUGAAAAGCUGGUGGCUCUUCUGAACACGCUUGACAGGUGGAUCGAUGAAACCCCACCAGUGGAUCAACCUUCUCGCUUUGGGAACAAAGCCUUCAGGACCUGGUACGCCAAACUAGACCAGGAAGCAGAAAAGUUGGUGGCGACAGUGAUUCCCAAGCAUCUGGCUGAUGCUGCACCAGAAGUGGCCGUGUACCUGAAGGAAUCUGUGGGGAACUCCACCCGCAUUGACUAUGGCACAGGGCACGAAGCUGCAUUUGCAGCCUUCCUCUGCUGCCUCUGCAAAAUCGGUGUGCUCAGAGUGGAUGACCAGAUGGCCAUUGUCUUUAAAGUAUUUAACAGGUACCUAGAAGUGAUGCGAAAACUUCAGAAGACCUACAGGAUGGAACCUGCUGGCAGCCAGGGCGUGUGGGGCUUGGAUGACUUCCAAUUUCUACCUUUCAUAUGGGGCAGUUCUCAGCUGAUAGACCAUCCAAAUCUGGAGCCUCGACACUUUGUUGAUGAGAAGGUGGUAAAUGAAAACCAUAAGGAUUUCAUGUUCCUGGAGUGCAUCCUCUUCAUUACAGAGAUGAAGACGGGCCCCUUUGCCGAGCACUCCAACCAGCUCUGGAACAUCAGCGCCGUGCCCUCCUGGUCCAAGGUCAACCAGGGCCUCAUCCGCAUGUACAAGGCAGAGUGCCUGGAGAAGUUUCCUGUGAUCCAGCACUUUAAGUUCGGCAGCCUGCUCCCCAUCCAGCCUGUGACAUCCUAAGGAGGCCGCGGGAGGAGUCGAGGCAGCGGAGGCGUAGCGCGGCGCUCUUCCUCCUCCCCUCACCCCCUCCUCGUCACCUUGCCCGUUACACACAGCCCAUCCAUUCCUGCACAUCCUCAUCGGCAACCACAGAUCCAAAGCACUCGCCGGCCUUGCACAGGAGACGGGACCUGGAGCGGCUCCUCCUGCAUGUCCCCAGCGCGGGGAUGUCUCGCCAGCGACCAAGCCGGGGCUGUGCUGCUCCGCUGCGCUGCGUCCAGGGGCAGCGCCACCGCCGCGUACAGCGCUGGGCAUGGGAACGGGCUUUGAGCAGAGGCCCUCUGCUUCCCUUCCCGGGAGGAAGGGGGUGUGGAGGGGAGGAAGGCACGUGUGUAUGUGUUGGGCAGUGGUAACUGCAGUUUCCCUUUUGAAUUUCAUUGAAGUUUCCUGUUGCUGUUUUGUUUUGGAAACCACUGAAAGGGGUGAAGUGUGAACCUGCACGUGGCUGUAGGCAGCCACCUCUCCUUGCACGGGGAGGUCUGAAAUGGGUAAAGGAAGUUGUUGGGAAUGUCUGUGGGUUGUUAAAAGCCCAGGGUGCCAACUCUCCCUUUUUCUGGGCAAGGAAAGCCGCCUCUCUCCAUCUCUUCUGCAAGGUACCCUGGGUCUUCCUUUCCCACUGCUGCCUCUUCUCUGGGGUGAAGCUGGGAACCUUCUGGGCUGCGGGGUCUGAGCUGGCUCUGGAGCUGGGGACGAGGUCCCUGGAGGGAUCCGGCUCUCUGGGAACCGCUAUGCAAAGACACCGCUUGAGCGGCACCUGCUCAGGUUCCCUCUUAAUGGGCACAAAACCUCACAUGUUCACACACGUUCGUCGCUGGGUCCAACCUGCCCUCUGCACUCCCCUGUUCCUCCUUUGUACUUUGCUGCCUGGGGCUGGGCUGGCCUCAGUGGCACAAGGUGACCAUGGUUGCUACUGCUUGGCCAUAAAUUGUAGUGACAGCCCCACAGCAAAGGGAUUUCCCCCCACGAAGCAGCAUGUUCUCCAGCUCUUUUAGGGAGGCAUCCCUGGAGCAAAGGCAGCAUGAGGGGGCAAGCAUGCAGCUUUACGUGCAUUUAUAUACUUGUGCUGGAAAGAAAAAGCAUUAAGAGCAGAGCCCAGGACAGCGGGUUAUACCUGCAGAGAGCUCUUGCCCUUUGUCAUUCCUUGCUGGUGUUGCUGUGCUGGAUCUCGGGCACCUCCAGUGCUGCCAGCAGCAGCAUCUCAAAGGCAGGUGAGUGAAUGGAGACGUGGUCCAGAUCCUACCAGCAGCAUCGCUAGGAGGGCAGGAAUGGCUGGUGCUGGGUUUGGGGUGAGCUGUUGUGUCCACAGGCCUUGACCAAGGUGGUCCCCAACUGUGCAGCUGGAGAGGGGAUGUUUCUCUUGGGGUUCCUAGGCUGGGUGGGGGGGGGGACAGGGCUCUGGUCUGGUGUUUGCUGGGGGUCAGGGACAGCAGGGAUCCUUUCUUGGGCACUCCUGCAGACCGCGGAAGGGGCAUUGGGGCUGCCCCCAGCCUGGCUGCUCAGCUUUCACUGCUGCAUUGCUUUACUGUUGGGAGGGGGAAAAAAGAAUAGCCUGCUUAUGAAUUUUGUUUUUCUGCAAUUCUCUUUUUGCCAAACUUACUCCCUCUUGUGAAGGUUCUUGCAGGCGCUCAGGGGAGGGGAGAGCAAGAAGAGUUUAAAUGAAGGCAGUGGAAUGCAGGUGUCUGCAGAGCUAAAGCAGAGCUUUCUAGUACUGCUACUGUCCUGUCUGCUCCUGGCUCAGCCCUGGGCGGCGGUGGGGGGGCUAGAAUCUCUUGACCUGCCUGAAACAACUUUAUAAACUUGCAUUUUAAAUGAAAAUGGAAGACUGGGGUUAAAUCUUGCUUUACCUCUUAAGUGGGUUGUGUGUUUUGUCUUGGCUUUCCAAACGGAUCCACUCCUGGAGAUCUGUGUGUUUGCUGAGACUUGAGUCCAUCUCCAGUGCAGCAGUUUAGCAGCCAGUGCCUGGAGCGGGGACCCCAGGCGUCCCCACCUGUGCCCCCCCGUGCUGUUGCCUGGCUUUUGUCAAGUAUCACCGUGCUUUAAACGGCUGUGGAGCAUCUGGCUGGCAAAGGCUGAGCUAAAGCUCAUGGUUUCCCAAAUCUGCCCAAGGGUUGGGAAUGCAUCUCUCCUGGUCAUCUGAUGGAAAUGGGGCUUCCGUGCAAAAGGAUGGGUGGAAAUGUUGACAUCCAUCCAUGGGAGGGACACCAAGAAUGUGAAACACAGCACCAAAAGAGGGUGGGGAGGUGCUGCUUUCCCCUGCAGCUGCAGCCACUGCUCCCUAUGGAUGGUGUCCCUGGGCUUGGGACCUGCCGAGGAGGCUCACGUAGAGCUCUGUUUCUUGCUUGCCCGAGUCUGCAUACCUGUCCUGCUAGGAAGUUUUGGACUUCAAGCAGCUAAUUCUUAUUUGAUUCUUAUCAGCCUGCUUGGGAUGUGCCCCCGUCGCGUGGCAGUCAGCUGCCUGCCUCCCACUGAUGUCCAUCACUGCUUCUCGGGGCUCUGCUCCUUUCCGGGGAGGUCCACACACGUAGCAGCACCCAGGGCCGCUCGGUGUCUGAAGCGGCACUCCCCCACCUCCUCCAACAUUGUGGUUUUAAUUAAAAGUGUCUCUGUUUUGCACUGGUGAUUCUGUUGGUCUCUCUCAGACUGGGAUUUGCUCCCGCUUUCGGAGCAGAGCCAGCCGAGCCUAUGGCUGGAGCCUUCGGCACAGGGAAGAGGCUUUGUGGAGACACUUGCCAUGUGGGUGGUUGAUCUCUUGCACCAAAAUUGACUCGUUAUUUAACUGCAUGGAACAAGUGUAUCCCGUCUGUCUUUGUGUCCUUCUUAGGUGUCUUUCUGUCAUAUAGUAUGUUUUAUUUAUUUAUUUAACUUUUUUGCUAUGCCCACUCCCCUCUUUCCCAGCUUGGCUUUGGCAGGUAGGUGAUGUGUGAAGCCUGUUCCCAGGCCAGCAAAUACCUCUUGAAGAUCAGAGACUCUCAUAACCAAAAGACGUUUGAGCCUUGUUUCUGAGGCAGGGUGAGAACUGGAACCUUUUUUCUUCAGAUGUUUUUCCUGUCCUGCUGUAGGGGCUGACUCAGGACUUCCAGCAUCGGUUUAGCUCAGCAGCUUUGUUGGAUUUAUAUAGAAAAUUAUACCUGGACCUUCUCACGAGUGGUUAGAGCUAGCAUAGAUGUGCUUAGCAAAUGCUGGUUUUCUUGUCGCUGGGUUAUAUAUUCUCCGUCAACGCAGGCCAACUGUGUGAGUGCAUGUUGCUAAAAGCGGCAGCAGCGUGGAGGGAUGGAUGGUGAGCAGAAAUGUCAUCUUGGAUCACAGAUGUUUUCUUUGAAGGCACUUGAAUUCAUCUUGAACGUGUCCCUUAGUGAACAUGACGCGCAGUGAAGGGGAAGCAGACGUAGUGUGGGUUUCUCACCACCUUCCCGCUCAGCCCACUGACCAAGCCAUUUUUUUUUUUUAAAUUCAGUUUUCAGAACUGGAUCCUUCGGGGUUGCAAUACGUAGGCUGGUUCAUGUUUCUGUUUAACAGCUGUUGCCUUUACACGGGGCCUGUUUCGCAAAUCGCCAUCAACCUUCCCGCAUCUCUUUCUUUGCAGCCCUCCUUUAUAAAUGAUCAUUCAUGGCAGCCAGUAAUAAAUGAAGAGUUAAGAGAAGCAGCCUCGUGCCGUGAUAGUAGUAAAAGAAUAAAAAAUAGAACUGUUUCAUGCCAUUGUUGCUGUAUUAACUUGUCCCUGGUGUGCGGCUCAGUUCCAUUACGUAGUGCUGAGUUCCUGCUAUUAAAUAAACAAAGAAGUCCCCACUGCAGGACCAGCAUUUGUUGAGCAGCAGAAUCUGAGCUGGCAGUUUCCAGGAUGGAGAUGUAGUUUGUACCCCAAGGAGCUGGUGUUGAACCACACAAGAGCCUUGGAUCCCGCACUCUGUCCCUGCAACUGUGUUGACUUCCUUCCUGAGAGAGGGAAGGAGGCAGAAAUGAGAGGGAGAAGGUGGAACUGGUGGUUAGUGAUAACUGCUAACGUAACCUGAACUCUCCCGCUGCCAGUGUGCCAGUGGGAACCUUCUACGGUUGAGAAGCUCAUGGGGGUCUCGCUGCUUCAACAAGGAUUCUCCUGGCUCAGAUGUAGAAUUUAACAGGACUCUUGGAGGUCAUUUCAUGCUCUAAUAGCCAAGAGGAGAGAUCUUCAUCCUUUAAUGUUGCUUCCCCUUCGGUGGAUCAGCACUCUUCCCACUGACAUCAGAAUGAACUCCUUGAGCGUCCGGGGACAGACAUGUCUUUCCCUGGACCGAUCUUGUAAAAAUUGUGCCAAGCUUCAAACUAGGAUGAGCCAAAUUGAAAAAGAGCUGCCUCCACAUCAGAUUUAGUGAGGGCUGAACCAUGAUGGGCAUCUUCAGCUUGGAGAUCUGCUCGUUCUGAAGAGCACAAGGCUGUGAGCAGGCUUCGGAGGUUAGAAAAGGCUUUUGAGGGGGUGGAGUGGGUGCUUCUGCUUGCUAUAAAAAGCCUGGGCUUGGGAAUGUCUACAUCGGCCGGCUCUACACAGGGCGUAAAUACAGUUGUCACUAAAAUUGGAACGAGUCACUCCCCAUGUUCCCAGUUGCAACUGUAACACAGAUAAUAAAUGACAUUGAAAUCCCUCAUCAGA